AUGGGGAAGCAGAAGGGAUUCAAUAAGGCGUCUACUCACCCCGACUCCACGGACAAGUCAACAACAACAGCAAAGUCCAUCUCGACAGCAACGUCCGGUUUCGCCAUCCAGGCCCGAAACAAUGGCAUACUCAACCUCCAGAGCUCCAAGCCGCCCGCAAACCUCGAGGAUAUCAUCAAACGACACGCCAGAUCCUGUGAAACCGCUUCUCCAACCGAAUCAAGGUUCAAACGCUAUGUCAACAAAGUCAAGGGUGCCGGUAACGAAUCGACCAUGGCCCAUGAGGUGAGCAAGCAUAUGCUAAAGGAAUAUGACGACGGGGGUUAUAAAACUUCCUAUAACCGCGCAUUCACCGCCUUUCCAAAAGACGUUGGUUUCAACAAUGGCCUGUCGGCUCCACAACCCGACCUUGUCGAGGGGCUAGACAUGGAAGAGUUCCGCCCGUUUCCAGUCGGCAAUCAUAUUGACGGCGCCGUUCUUUAUCAGGAUGAUCUUCAUUCUAUAGCAUUCCCGCACCUAGCCGGCGAGUGGAAAGGUGCCGGAAAGGAUAUGGAAGAAGCGCGGCUGCAGAGUGCCUAUACAGGAGCGGCUAUUGUCUACGCCCGGAACCAGGCCCUGUCACAUAUCGGGAAACCUGACCCCCCGGGUCAUGCAGAGGUCACGACUUUCGCCACGGACGGCACUAACAUCAACUUCUUUGCACAUUAUGCUGGUCCGUCGGGAGAGGACGGCACACUUGAAUACCACCAGCAUCAGUUCGCGACGGCAAACGUAAAGGACACUUACCAAGGGCAAAAGGACGGCCGAAGAGGGCUUAGAAAUGAACAAGAUCACGCGAGGCAGCAGUCGUAUACCCUGAGGGUCCAGCUAAAGGAGCACUGGAAGCACCGCCGCGAUGGCCUUCACCCCAUCGCCGAAGCAGUUCCUCUGCCUGCUCUUGACUGCGAGCUGGAUGAGACGAGCGCAUACGAAGACGAAGCUGGCUACGAGAUGGUCGAGCAACCCUACCAGCCCACUCCGGCGGCGGCUUCUAUAUGGCGCAUUAUAGGGAGCAUUUGGAGCUAA